AUGAAGUACUCAAUCUUCGUCUCGUUCUUUUCCUUUGUGGAAACUUUGCAGGCUGCCACACUGAACGUCGGUUCUGGACAAACAUACAGCACGAUUACCGCAGCCUAUAAUGCGGCGUCUGCAGGAGAUACCAUUUACAUCUACCCUGGAACUUAUACCGAAAAGCUUACCAUAAGCAAGGAUAGCAUCACGUUAAAGGGCUCAGCAUACCCGAGCACUUCUCCCUCCUCAAAUGAAGCCGUCAUCACCUACUCAACCUAUGCUUCUGCAGCAGGGAGUGAUGACGCCAGUGCCACCCUCCUCGUCAGCGGCAACAACUUCAAAAUGUACAAUUUGAACGUCAGCAACACCGCCGGAACAGGUGGGCAAGCCGUUGCUCUCUCUAUGCGUGGAGAUUACGGCGGCGUAUACGCAUGUGGACUAAAGUCGUAUCAAGACACUCUUUACUCUCAUAUCGGCUCUCAAUUCUUUGGAAGAUGUUACAUUGAAGGAGCGGUGGAUUUCAUUUUCGGCAUCACAGCCAAUUCUUGGUAUCAAGGAUGUACGCUUGGUGUUCUCAAGAGCGGAGGGACGAUUACAGCGCAAGGGAGAACGAGUAGUAGUACAGACGGGUUCUUUGUCUUUGAUAAAGCGAAAAUUGUACUUGGUUCUGGUGCAGGAAGUGGGACGAAGGGAAAUACGUACCUUGGAAGACCAUGGGGUGACUACGCGAGAGUGGUAUUUCAGAACAGUAAUGAAGAGAACAUCGUUAUUUCUGCAGGUUGGGAAGCUUGGUCCUCAUCACAAUCCACAGCCAACAUCUUGUUUGCGGAAUACGACAAUACUAACGCUGCAGGGACGAGAGUUUCUUGGGCAAAGGCGUUGACGAGCGCAUAUGCUAUUUCAACAAUUCUCCCCACUUACUCGAGUUGGGUGGAUAGCAGCUAUCUCGGUGUUAGUGCACCAUAG